GGUAGAAUAGGCUAAAUACUACCAGAAUCAAACAAAAACUAAUCAAGAUAAAUGCAAAUUAAAUACUAAAAAUGAAACAAGAAAAAUAUAAAACAAGAGAAGUAAAGUUUUUCGUCGAACAAAAGUUGCUCAAAAUGACCUCCUAAACAUGGGAAAAAAAAUUUUGAAAAAAAAUUGGGCAGUAGAGGGUUAAUUUUUUUAAGUCUCAUUCAAACUGCAUUUAAUUUUCUAGUAUCAAUAUCUCAGGAGCUAAUUUCCUAUUUUCAAAGUUAAAAUACGAAAUUUUUAUUAAAUUGUUUGAUGUAUUUAAACAAUCAGUGUUAAUAUUGUUUUAUUUACUGUCAAGGGGUGACAUUGGGUCUGGGGGUUGAGAUUGGGUCAUACAAAAAAGCAGAAAUUUGAGUUAAGAACGCCAUUUUGUGCAACUCUCAAUGCCUCACUUUUAGGACUUAACUGAUCCGCAUCAUUAGAUUUCAAUCCUGAGAUGUUUAAUAAAACAAAAAAAUAAAACUCCUUACAUUUUUGCCACUCUUUAUAUGAAAGAAUUUGUUGAAACACUCUUAAAAUGGCUGCAAGUGCGACAAUUGGCCAAUAAGAAUUUUAUUUGUUUAGGCUUAGGUUUUAAAGAAAACCUAGAUGUCUGGGUAUCAAAAGAUUGGAAAUUGUAUGCCCUUUUCGAUGCCACAUAGGUUAAUUUGUGAAUCGUGGACUUGUUCGGAUGCCGGCGGAUUUUUCGACGACGUAAUUCCGGGUUGGUACGAAAUUCCAACAAAAAAUCUAUUCUAUCGAUAUAACGACCCCCAAAACGGUCUCUCCAAAAUGUUUAUUUAGCAAAUCUAUGGUAUAUUGACAUUUAGUUGAAUUAAAAAUUGCAAAAUUAAGUUUAGAUAUAUGUUUUAUAUAGAAUUUCCAGAGUUGUAUAAACUUUAAUACUAAGUAGUUAGUUAACGUUAUAUUCAAUCCAAAUUAUUUUUUUAAUCAGUCAAGGAUGUCUAUUUGGAGUUGGGAGACUGGAUUUAUGGUGAUUUGUCAACAAAUAACUUUAUUUAUGUUAAUUUUUCGAAAGGUGUACAAACUUUUUUAGCACCUUUUUUGCUUUUUGUAAUAUUAUUUGUUAAAGAACUUUUUAUAGAAAUCAUCUUUUCAUGAGCUUUUUGUAGCAAAAUAUUCGGUAUGAGUUUCUGAACAAAACGUAGUGCUAUACAGAAAAAAUAUGAUGGUAAUAUUCAUCAGGAAAUGGUGACAGAUUUUGUGGCAAAAUAAAUGAUAAAUUUUACCCCAGAAAAUGAUGAUUUUUCAUCAGUUUUUGAUGAAUAUUCAUCAGGUUCACAUUUUUUAUGUAAUAUUACACAAAUAAAGAGGUGAUAUUCAACCUACCAAAUUUUCAACAUUCCAAAAUUCAACUUUUUUUCUCUGUGUAGGUUUCUGUCAAACUUUAAAAUUUGUACAUGUUUCAUCACAAAAUGUGCAUUAUGCCCAAGGGUUGUAAAUACUUUAUUUACAUACUGUAGGUUCUAACAAGGUUUUAUGCUUCUGACAUAAAAUCUGGUGACAAUAAAAGCUUCAGUUGCAAAGCCUUGAACUCCUACACAGAAAAAAAAUGAUGGUAAUAUUCAUCAGGAAAUGGUGACAGAUUGUGUGGCAAAAUAAAUGAUAAAUUUUACCCCAGAAAAUGAUGAAUUUUCAUCAGUUUUUGAUUAAUAUUCAUCAGGUUCACAUUUUUACACAUUUUUUAUGUAAUAUUACACAAAUAAAGAGGUAAUAUUCAACCUACCAAAUUUUCAACAUUCCAGAAUUCAACUUUUUUUUUCUGUGUAGGUGGGUUUUAUAAAUAGGCCGUUACAACUUUUUCGGAGGUCCUUUUGGGUUUUUAAGAGGGGUUUAUCGGGGUUCUGGGGAGUUUGUUACGACUACACUCAAACCCCGUUGGUUUGACACCAACUGGGAUUUGGACGCAGUAGGCCCACCGAAACAACUCCCUGAAUAACCGCCAAAAAGACCAUUCUGUUAUACACUCAACCCCCGGUGGUUGGUCACUUUUUCGUUUGACACUUUUUUAGUUUGUACCCCGUUGGUUGGUCAAAGUCAAACUAAAAAGUGACGAAAUGUCACUUUUUACACGGCGCUCACGUACACUAUCAAAACAAACGUUUGGUAGUGUGUGUGAACUCCGUGUAAAAGGGGUGUCAAGUCAAACUAAAAAGUGACCCCGAUCGUUUGACAACAGUUGGUGUCAAACCAUCGGGGUUUGAGUGUAUCCCUAUUCAGACUGCGUUUCCAUCACUCCCCCCGCUCAGAACCACUCUUGCUUGAGCUUAUCGAUUACCUAACGAUUACUGCCCUAUCACCUCCGAAUCCCUAACCACUUUUUUAUAUUGAGACAUCAACCCAUGGUAGUGUGUCUCGUAAACCGUAAAAUAUCCCCAUUGCUGCGUAUAAGCUAGCGCCAACGGUCCGGGCUCAAAAACAGCAACGACUUUCUCCAUUACCUGGCGGGAAAAUAAAACAAGUUCUGCAAAGACUUCCUUAUUUUUUGGCUUAGGCUGUGGUGGUUGAUUGGUUUGGUUGGCUUCCUAAACCACCCCCCUUCAAGACCAACAUGGUGCGGCGAGUGCAACUCUGCAACGCGCCAUUGAACCUCUCACAGGGCUAUGCAAUUGCAAAUUUUCCUACGCGCGCUUUAGUCGAGUUUGGGUCGUGGCACCAACUGGCAGAAGAAAGCGAGAGUUUCCCGGCGCCGAAAAGGGGUAUUUUUGAAAUUGCGUACAGAAUGAGUAUCGAGUACCGUGCGUUGGAUCCCAUCCUGGGCAAACGGUUGGACGCGUUCUUCGGCAAGAAGGACUCACUGGUGGAGGUCAAUCCGGGUCGGGUCAUGAUGCCCAGCCGGUUUCGGGACAUUGGGGAGGACAUUUUGGAGUUGGCGAUACGCCCGGAUGACGUGUGGGUGCUGUCGUAUCCGAGGACGGGAUCAACCUGGGCGCAGGAGAUGAUCUGGCUGCUGGGGAACAAGCUGGACUACGAGAGUGCCCGGACGAACGUCCAGCAGGUUAGGACGCCGCUGCUCGAGCUGUCGGCGAUCUUCUCGGAGGACCAGAGCGUGCAGGACUUUGUGACGGAACACAAGAAGGUCACCUCGGUCACGUGCGUUCACAACCUGCCGAGUCCGCGGUACGUCAAGUGUCACCUUCCGUGGCAGCUGCUUCCGAAGCAGAUGGACACGGUGCGUCCGAAGAUGAUCUACAUCGCGCGUAAUCCGAAAGAUCUUGCCGUUUCGUACUACUACUACUGUCAGUUGAUUCACCAGACGGACGGAAGCUUCGAGGAGUUUUGCGACAUCUUUCUGGACGAUUGCGCGCCCAUCGGACCGAUGUGGGCCCACAUGUUGUCCUUCUGGAAGCGCCGCAAUCAACCGAACGUGCUGUUCCUCAAGUACGAAGACAUGAAGCGUAAAUUGCCCCAGGUGGUCCGCGAAGUGGCCCAGUUCAUGGACAUUGGACGCGAGCUGACCGACGCCGAAGUGGAUCGACUCUGCGAUCAUCUACAGUUUGACAAGAUGCAGAAAAACCCCGCCGUCAACAUGGAACCGUUGAUGAAGAACUCGGCUAAUAUCAACGACAAGGCCAGUGUCAAGUUCAUUCGUAAGGGCGAGAUCGGCGACUGGAAGAAUUACAUGAGCGAUGAGCUUUCCGAGCGGUUCGACGCCUGGAUCGGGAAGCACUUUGACGGCACCGGGCUGAAGUUUGUGUACGAGUGAUGUAAUUGCAUUGUACUUUCUUGUUAAAUUUGUUGUUGUUUAUGAUUAAGGCAGAAAUAAAAUAAAAAGUGGUUCAGUGGAGAAGGAA